AUGCUGCGCCAGGGAUGCAGCGCUCGCGGUGGCAGCAGCCGGCAGGCUGCUGUCGGCCGGGGGCGGGGCCGCUUGCGCGUGUUGGCGUGGCAGCCGCCGGCUCCUACUGCCACAGAGGCGGACGAGGCGACCGACUUUUACGCCAUCCUGGGCGUGUCCUACACCGCUGGCACGGAUGAGAUCAAGCGCGCCUACCGCCGCCUGGCCAAGGAGUUCCACCCAGAUGUGUCUGCCGACGAGUCGAGCACCGAGUUUGCCAUCUUCCUGAACGAUGUCUAUGACACUCUGAGCGACCCCGACAAGCGCGCCGCCUACGACGCCAUCGUGGGCUUCCAGAUCGGUGGCGUCAACCCCUUCACCGACACCAGCUACGAGCGCGACAGCGUGUUUGUGGACGAGUUCACGUGCAUCGGCUGCAAGAACUGCAACUGCGUGGCCUCCGCCACCUUCAUGAUGGAGGACGAGUGGGGGCGGGCGCGGGUGCGCCAGCAGGGCGUGGACGGAGUGGAGAAGCUGCAGGAGGCCAUCGACACGUGCCCCGUGUCCUGCAUCCACUGGGUGACCGCGCCGCAGCUGGCGCUGCUGGAGGAGACGAUGAGCCGCAUGGAGCGCGUCGCAGCCUUUGUGCUGAUGACGGGCGGCGGCAAGGGCGCCAACAUGAAUGUCUUCUUCGAGGCGUCCAUCGCAUGGCAGAAGCGGCAGGCGGCGCUGGCCGCCAAGGUGCAGGCCGACAACGGCUGGGGCUUCUUCCGCGCCACCCCCGCCGCAGGGUCGUCCAUGCAGGGUGAUGCCGCCGCCUCCAGCGCCAGCAGCAGCCUGGGCCGCGGCGUGAACGCCGCCACGGUGGCUGCUGCUGCACGGCGCUGGAGGGACUACCAGCGGACCAAGCGUAACCGGAACCAGCGCAUGCUGACCACCACCAGCAGCGGCAGCAUCUCAUCCAUCGAUUCCGCUGACCCCGUUGCCUGA